GAAGACGAGGCCUACAGAAAGACCAAUGAACCCUUGAUGAUGUCCACUAAUAUCCAACGCAAUUUCCACUCUAAAGAUACGGAUAAUAUAGUAGAAAAUAAUUUUCUGCGUCUCGACUCCAUCCUCCACAAACCAAAUAAAUAUCCAACCAUGUGACCACUCUCUUCAGAUAUUGGAGAAUUCCCAUGGCGAGCUCCCUGAUUUCUUCUCCUCCUUUCCUGGGGACUCCUCUUCCUUCUCUUGCUCGCUAUGGCUUUGUACCUCACAACAGGCGCAUCAGCACGAAGGUGAGGUUCAGCCUCCACCACCUCCCUCCAAUCGACCAUGGCGCGAUUGUCGAAAGAGCUGAGAGCUUGCUCUACACGUUGGCCGAUGCUGUCGUGGCUGUCGAUGGCGGCACUUCUGUAUCUGACUCCGCCGCCACUGCUCAGAAAAGUGGGGGCUGGUUCGGGUUUAUUUCAGAAGCUAUGGAAGUUGUGUUGAAGGUACUCAAGGGUGGACUUGAAACUGUUCAUGUACCAUAUGCUUAUGGGUUUGCAAUAAUACUACUCACAGUUCUUGUUAAAGUUGCCACACUCCCUUUGACCAAGCAACAGGUCGAAUCAACGCUAGCAAUGCAGAAUCUUCAACCAAAGUUAAAGGCUAUCCAACAAAGAUAUGCAGGAAAUCAGGAAAGAAUACAGCUCGAAACUUCUCGUCUAUACACACAGGCUGGGGUCAAUCCUUGGGCAGGAUGUCUCCCAACCUUGGCCACCAUACCAGUGUGGAUAGGUUUAUACCAAGCCCUUUCAAAUGUGGCGAACGAGGGACUGCUAACUGAAGGAUUCUUAUGGAUUCCUUCCUUGGGAGGACCAACAACAAUUGCUGCUCGGCAAAGCGGAGCUGGAAUUUCCUGGCUAUUCCCUUUUGUGGAUGGCCAUCCACCCCUUGGUUGGCAUGAUACCGCUGCAUAUCUUGUUUUACCUGUGCUUCUUGUUGUAUCACAGUACAUCUCUACGGAACUAAUGAAACCUCCACAAACAGAUGAUCCGGCUCAGAAGAACACGCUUCUUGUGUUUAAGUUUCUCCCUCUCAUGAUUGGCUACUUUUCUUUAUCAGUUCCAUCUGGAUUAUCGAUAUAUUGGUUUGUAAAUAAUGUGCUUAGCACAGCACAGCAGUUAUGGCUACGAAAAUUGGGUGGUGCAAAACCAGUUGUGAGUGAGAAUGCCAGUGGGAUUAUUACUGCUGGACGUGCAAAGCGAUCAGGUGUACUGUCAGAUCAGGCGGGUGAAAGAUUUAAACAACUAAAGGGAGGAGAGAAUAAGAAAAAGAGUAAGGCACUGGCAGGGGAUGAUCUUCGGGUGUCAGCUUCAGCUGAUUCCGAGUCUGAAGACAACAACACGGACAAUGAAACUGAACUGAAGGAAAAAGAAGUUCUUUCAGAGGCAUAUGCAUCUAGCAAUGGAAAACAGGUUCCUCCUGGGCCUAGGAGAAGUAAGAGGUCAAAGCGCAAGCGUGCUGUAUGACGUGAAAUUUUGUAGCCGUGGUGUAUCUUUGUAUAUUUGUUACAUUUGGAAAAAUUUUAAUAUAGUGCCCAUUUUCUUGCCGAUCAGUAGUUUCAGACAUAGUUAAAAUCAUCACCGGUUUAUUGUUAGGUUGAGAAUGGUGUACACCUGCAAUUUCAACCAUUAUGUAACUUGAACUUGAGAUUAACACGAAUAUUUUUUUUGGGAGAAUUUCCUUAGAUCCUUGUAAUCUCUCCUUAACAGGAAUAUUGCAGGGGAAAAACAUUAACCUUUCAAAGUAUUAUUUUUUUUUUUAUUAUUUUUUUUUUUUCAACUUCCCACGUAAAAUUUUCAAGUUGACAAGCUGCCUUCCUAAACUUAAUGAAAUGGAUAAUUUGCCUCUUAAUAUUAAACCCAAAUUGACAAUAAAAUUUUCUUCCUUAAUAAUCAAUGAAAUUUGAAUCGAAUUUUAAAUUAAUUUAGAGCUUUUGGAACUCAUGAUGAAAUGAACAAAAUGUGGUAUGAUUUAUUAUUUU